GGAGUACAGGAGAGACAGAUUUAUUUCCACAGCUGAAUGCUGCCUGUCUUCUCCCCAGCUUUGGCUGGAUCUGAGAUCAGCUGCUGAGAGGCAGUGUCACUGGAAAAGUGUGGGGAAGAAGGGAAUCAAACUCAGAGCAGGAGGAGACCAGGCGACAUGGAUGCCUUAGCACUAGAGGCCACCAGUGGUAAAAAGACGAGCUCUGUGGCGGGGGCGGCCGCCCCGUCGCCGCCUCAAGCCCCGGCCAAACGCAAACCUGCUAAAAAAGCUAAAAAGGCUGUUGUUUUCUUUGAGGUGGAGAUACUGGAUGCCAAGACCAAGGACAAGCUCUGCUUCCUGGACAAGGUCGAGCCAAAUGCCACGAUUGGGGAGAUCAAGUCUAUGUUCCACAAGAGCCAUCCUCAGUGGUACCCAGCCAGACAGUCCAUUCGCCUCGAUCCCAAGGGGAAGUCUCUAAAGGAUGAGGAUGUUCUGCAGAAUCUCCCGGUGGGAACCACAGCAACCUUCUACUUCAGAGACCUCGGAGCUCAGAUCAGCUGGGUCAAAGUUUUCUUGACAGAAUAUACCGGGCCUUUGGUCAUUUAUCUGUUGUUUUAUUUCCGUGUUCCCUUCAUCUAUCCGCAAAAAUAUGACUUCACCACCAGUAAACACUGGGUUGUACAUCUUGCGUGUAUGUGUCACUCCUUCCACUACUGUAAGAGACUCCUGGAGACGCUCUUCGUUCAUCGCUUCUCUCACGGAACAAUGCCACUGAGGAACAUCUUCAAGAACUGCAGCUACUACUGGGGCUUUGCUGCAUGGAUGGCCUACUACAUCAAUCACCCGUUAUAUACGCCGCCCAUGUACGGGGAGCAGCAGAUCAGACUGGCCCUCAUCAUAUUCUUGUUCUGUCAGAUUGGCAACCUUUCCAUCCACGUUGCCCUCCGGAACCUCCGUCCACCAGGCUCUAAGACCAGGAAGAUUCCCUACCCAACCAAGAACCCCUUCACCUGGAUCUUCCUGCUGGUGUCCUGUCCCAACUACACCUACGAGCUGGGCUCCUGGUUCGGCUUCACUCUGAUGACGCAGUGUCUGCCGGUGGCCUUCUUCACCCUGGUGGGUUUCAUCCAGAUGACUGUUUGGGCCAAAGGGAAGCACCGCAGCUACCUGAAGGAGUUCCGCGACUACCCUCCUCUCCGCUCGCCUAUUCUGCCCUUCGUCUUGUAGACAGCUGACCUGCCCCCCUACCCAGCUCUCCUGUGUCCAAUUCUAACUGUGAAGAUGCAACUUGUUAGACUUGACUGAUAGAUUUUAAGUUUGUCCCUUCAUUCAAUCAGGCUGAGUGUUUCCUUUCUUGCAUUCAGUUCCUGCUUCGAAUGAAAAAUUAAAAUACUAGAUAGAUUUGCGCUAAUUUCUUUUUGUAUUACAGGCAACUAUAUUCUGACUGGUUAAUUGACUUGUGUGUUUUUCAUCUCCUGGAGCACUCUUCCCUCUCAAACCGCAGAGUACACGAAUGCUCUGUUUGCCUCACCCGUUACUGCUGACUUGAGGGUUGAAUGUGCUCCUGGUGAUAUUCAGUAUAAUUCUUCAGUUUAAAUACCCAUAAAUUUCAAAUCUAAUCUCAUAACAGAAUUUAAUGUUGUUGACUUCCAAGGUAAUUUAUUAAAAAAAAGAUCAAUCAGA